AUGGUAAAAGCACAAAUGAAAAGAGUGGAUGAGUUGGCGACACCAUUCUUCAAAUUGUGUAUUUCUUCGAGUGUCAUUGAUUUGACCACCCUCUUCACCAACUAUUUCGGCGCCAUGUUCCCUAAAUUCGGUUUUUUCUCUGAUUUCUACCUCGAGCUCGAUGGAAUCUACGGUCACAUCUACUUUUCAUCGCCUGGAAUGUGGCUGGGGUACCGUCUACGGAUAGCAAUUGCUCUUCAGUUCAUUCCGGGGUUGUGUAUUGGAAUGUUCACGUUUUUCAAUACUACAGUACUCGUGGUCAAUGAGAAUGGAGGGGUAGUGCCGAAGUUUGUGAACGAUCUCUUUGCCUGUAUCAACCCUUAUCUUCUCUGGAUAUUUUCUGACUCUCUUCGAAAAUAUGUCCUAUUCAAGCUUGGACUUCGUAAGCAUGGAUCUGGAAUAACUACUGGAGUACCAAGAUUAACUAUGCAAUCGGUGGUUCCUGUUUCUUGA